AUGGCAUCAACUUCACUUUUAUCUGCGUCUAUCAUCACCAAUAUGGCAGCCCUUCCAGCGUACGGGAACUAUCAUCACGUUCAGCUGGCGGAGGUUUUUGACUGUGCCCUCGAUCAGAGGCUGGGCCGUCACCUUGCACCCACGCCAGCCCAUCUCACGCGCGUCGUCUACGUACCGAACCACAAAGACAUCACUACUCACUUGCCUCUCUACGAUUACAAUGAAAAUUACGACAAGGCUGUAAAGAAAGAGCCUAUCGGCAGCAGCAAGUACAAACUUGGCCUGGCAAUGAUGAGGCGACCGUUGGGAGAUGGAACCGAUGCGCAAGUUCGUUAUCUGGUCAACUUCCAGAAGGGACUAGAGGGCGUCGCUGCAACGGUGGAGAGGAGAGUGCCGAGCCAUGAUGGCAAGAUCGUUAGCUUGCAUAUACCUGCCGAUGACAAUGGAAACUUUCGCGUUACACCGCACAGCAUGGAGCAAGACCUGCAGCUAGCAGUCACCAGCUCGUUCCCCGUCCCAGACACAAAGAUGCACGCAGCCGCAAACCCCGUGCGACACCCAUGGUUCACGAUUUCUCAGACGUCGCGAGACGGGAGCAUAACUGUUCCCUCGAAUUUGGAGUGGCAAGCACGCCCAACAGAAGAUGGGCCUUUGCGCUAUACUCUGGUCGACACUGAAGCAGAGUUGAGCGGCGGUGAGCCCGCGAUUCAUGCCAUCUACCACCACGUCGGUAUCGGCUUCGCUCUGCCCAACGACUAUAGCGAGGGUAUCUUGCUACUUUCGGAGGAUCUCAACGGAGAGGCGGAGGCGCUGGCGAUUGCCACCUUGCUCGGUGUCCUUCGGCAGACAAGGUCGAUCAACCAGCCUCCUCCCAGGCCGAGAAAGAAGUCUUUGGUGAAGCGAGUUCUGGGCAAAAUUUGA